AUGGACAAGAAAAAACUCAUUGCCAUAUUCCACUGCUUUUCCUUGUUAUUCACGCUGCCAAUAAUAUCAAUCACCACCGCAUCUGCACCACCAGCGCCGUCCAUACGGGCAGUUUUCGCCUUCGGCGACUCAACCAUUGAUCCGGGAAACAACAACGGCCUAACCGGUCUCUCGGCCAUCUUCACUGGCAAUCACCCUCCAUAUGGCAAGGAUUUACCUAGGCACAUUCCCACUGGUAGAUUCUCCAAUGGAAAGUUGGCCACAGACUUCUUAGCCUCCAAUCUUGGCAUCAAAGAGUUCUUGCCACCCUACUUCGACCCUACUCUCUCCGACGCCGAAUUGGCCACCGGUGUCAGCUUCGCCUCGGCGGGUGCCGGCAUUGAUAACACCACCAACACCGCCUUCAGAGGUGUUGUGAGUACGGCGAGGCAGUUGGAGUACUUUGAUGAGGCCAUGCAAAGAAUAGAGAGAUAUGUUGGGAAAAAUAGGUCUGAGGAGUUGGUCAGGGACUCGUUGUUUGUGUUCAGUGCUGGGUUUAAUGACGUGCUCUACAAUCAAGUAUUGGGCUUGCUCAAUAAUCAAAUAUUCCAGGACAGCUCUUCAAAUGAUGCUUCUAACUACCAAGAUUUUCUAGUGCAAACACUUGGCUCUUACAUUCAGACUUUAUACUCUAAAGGAGCUCGUAACUUUGGUGUGGCUGGCCAGGCACCAAUAGGGUGCUUGCCAUUGGUAGUGACAGUAGGCAGCAUAUUGCCAAGCUUUCACAUGUUGCAGCGAGUGUGCGUGGAGCGACUCAACCUCUAUGCCCAAGCCUACAACACCAAGCUUCAAGCCCUUCUCACUCGUCUUCAACAAUCCUUGCCUGCCUCUAACAUUGCCUACUUUGGGGUUUAUGAUCCUCUCAUGGACAUGAUCAACAACCCAUUGAAGUAUGGGUUUGUACAAACUCUUCAAGGAUGUUGUGGAACGGGGUUGUUCGAGGUGGGUCCUGUUUGUCUAGCGGGUAUGGCAACGUGUCUUGAUGCAUCCAAAUACAUCUUUUGGGAUUCCGCUCACCCAACACAAGCUGCAUACAUGGCUCUUGCUAACCAGUUUUCGCAACAACUACUGCUUAAUAUGUUUACCAGUAGAAUAUAUUAA